ACGUUGUUACUAUGUUAAAGUUGUAGCAGUAACGACAUCAAGAAAAGCUUACAAACAUACAAAUUGCGAACAACAUUCGGGUCGUCGAUCUACCGCGCCAUUUCACCCGCUCGGAAGAACAUUUUCCCUUCGUCAUUUACCCCAAAAACCAAUAGGUGUAUCAAUCCAGGCUUUAAAUUAUUUCAUUCGAAUCUCUUCAGUUAUUUUACGUAAUUAAGUAAUAAACUCACGAUUAUAACAUUGAAGAACAUCUGUCUAUUUAUGUUGCUAAACAAUCAUAUACAGCGACUGUUGACAAUAUUCGUAAAUUUACUUUGCUUGCCGGCUAUCGAAGCAACUAGACACUCCGUCUCAAAGAUAAAUCUAUCAUACCAAGACUAAAAUCUACGGCUGGCUCUACUGCGUACUGGUAACAGUACUGGGGACUGACAGCAAGAGACCUUGCUCGUGGGAAGCGGAUAAUAGCAGAACACAGUACAGCUGGGCACUGCUGCCAGAAUUACCACGCAAUAGUGUCUGAUACCAUGAAUACCUAUUUAACCUUGACUAUCCAACCACGAGCGUGGAAAUAUAUGCUCACGGCCACAGGAAAGACCAAAGACGCUCCACAUGUAUUUACUUGUGGUAGGACCUGUUGUGAGUCCGCGCGGGUAGGUACCACCACCCUGCCUAUUUCUGCCGUGAAGCAGUAAUGCGUUUCCGUUUGAAGGGCGGGGCAGUCGUUGUAACUAUACUGAGACCUUAGAACUGAUAUCUCAAGGUGGGUGGCGCAUUUACGUCGUUGAUGUCUAUGGGCUCCAGUAACCACUUAACACCAGGUGGGCUGUGAGCUCGUCCACACAUCUAAGCAAUAAAAAAUAUAUAUUAUAUUAUCUUUUACUUAUAGAGAAACUGUUUAGCGGUAUCUUCGACUAUUAUGGUUUUACGACUUCUCAGGUUUACUAAGUAAGACCCUUUGCCACAAGAUCAACGCAAUCUCUAACUAUUACAUGAAUUUAUACUAAUUAAUAACCCCAAAAAUACUUAUUAUUUUUAAUAAUAAUAAACAAACGUUUUGCAUUGAAUGCAUUGUAAUGACAAAAAUAUCCAAAAAUUCACGCAUUAACAUUCAUCUGUGUACAUCAGACUAUGGUAGAGGACGCCCUUACCCAGUGGCGCUUUGAACUCACGGGUCCCAUGUUAUCCAUUUUUUAUAAUAAUAUGCAUUGCUGCUUAAACGUGGUGACGCGGGGAUGGCGUGAUAUGACAGCCAGCAAAGUAUCUCUAGUAUUAAUGGAAUACCAGCGUGGAGCAAAAGGGGUGCGCUAAACUUGUGUCUGAAAUACAAAGAAAAUGUUCAUUAACAAAAUCAAUAGCCAAUUCCCAAAACUUUAGAAGAACCCAAUACCUAGAGCGAAAUGGUGUGAUCAUCAAAACCAUAUAGAUUAUAGAUAGUCGUGCUUUAGAUAGCAUAGUUUGAAGAAUAGUAUAGACAAGCACAUCGCACCUAUUUGUUGAAUCCUAUACGGUCUUACUUUUUAUAGAAUUUAUGCUACGAACCAUAUGAUAUCCUUCCAAAGUUUUAUAAGUCCAUAGUAAUAAGUGGAACUACUGUACUGUGUUUCCGCUUUUGAGUUAUGGUUACUAAUAUACAUUCAAACGAAUUGGCCAUAGGCUCUUCUGCAUGAUAUGAAUACAAAAAGAUACUUUAGAUGUAGUCAUUUUAUUUUUAUCCUGUUACAUCUAUUUGCAUUAUUUUCAUAACUUCCUUCAAUAUAAGAACAUCAAUUCGUUGUCAUUAAGCACUACUAAGUUAUUUUAUUAAUAAAAUUCCCGAUACUAAGUUAUUGUUAAUUUCUCAAAAUAUACUAAAUACUGUUCUAAUUGAAAAUUGAUAUGAGUGUGUGUCUUUAUUUAAAAACGGUAUGAUUAUAUUUAUUGAAAUGUUUAGCAUAGAGUUUUAAUGGAAGUUGUCCCUAGUGCGAGUAGGACAUUACGACACGUUAUUAUAUCGGAAAGCCAGUCGCCGCAUGGCUUGCCUUCUAUAUUUAUAUCGACGAUUCGCCCCGCCUGGCUUCGCGCAUGCGCGAAGUUCUUUAUGUCCUACUUCAAAACUACCGAAAGUGAAAUUUGCACAUCAUGGUGUCGCUCGGUGCACCGCGCGUCGCGUCAAUAUGACUUAAUGAUUGCAACGAACUGCUUAUUUGCGUCAAAAGGACACAGGGUGUUCAAAGACGUGUAGUGUGCCUCGAGGAUGGCCAAUGUCGGCACGGCGUCGACCCUCUCAGGCACUGCGGUAGUCCUGCGUCAUAAAUCAGCUGAGCUACCGGCAAAGGGCUCGCGCUUGUGACGUCUCUUACGGAUCGCGUGCCGCUUGUCGGCGGCGCGAUGGCGUCCACUAUGCAACUUGAAUUUACUCAGGCGAUGAACGACUUCAAAACGAUGUUUCCUGAUAUGGACGAUGAUGUCAUCGAGGCUGUUCUUCGGGCAAACCAAGGCGCCGUAGACGCCACCAUUGACCAGCUUUUAGCAAUGAGCACCGAUAACCAAAACGAACUGCUAAGACUAGAAAUGGAACGCGUCGAAAGCAAUACACCGUCUAAACGCAAAGAUCGACGGAACACUCGCCCGGCUGAUGAGUGCGACGACGACGAUACUGCGGCAUUAGUAAACGUUGAGGACGAGUCAGUCCCUCUUGCAGUUCGCAAAAGAUGGAUUCCCCGAAUGUUGGGUCCACUACCACCUAUGUUUCUACGAAUUCCACCAGCCACAGAUGCUCGGAUUGAUCUUAGUUUGGAGAUGGAUGACGAUCGAAUCGCCACCUUCUUACAAAAUGAAGAGUUUAUGGCCGAAUUGCGUUGGAACCAGGAAUUCAUGGCAGCUCUAGACAGCGAACAAGGACAUAAAACUAAAAGUCAUGACGAUGAAGCCGCUUUCAAAGAAAGACUCAAGAAUAUGGGUAAAUUAUCUAGAAAAAAAUUCGCACAGUUAUCACGAAUGUUCACACGCGGUGGUUCACGCCGGGCAGGUGGCGCUAAAGCACCAUCACGUGGGCCACCUGACAGCUUGCUUCUACAAGAGGAACACAGCGACGACGAGGACCGCCUACAACACAACAAAAACAAAUAGAUGACGUCUCUAACAACCCCUGAAGAAUGUUGUUGUGAAACCUUACGACGCGGAUCCCGGAAAGUUACGGAUAAGACUGGAAUGCAUUGACCUGUUUGUAAAUAAUAAAAUUUGGGAUAAGAUUGUUCUUGUUUGAUGGAAUUUUGUAAGGAAGGAGUAAAUAUAGAUUUAUGAUGAAGGGACACGUUUCAAAAAAAUGUUGACACUUGAUUGUACAUUGCAAAGCAGCUCUAAGUUCCCUAGAUAAUGAUAAUUUCUUAGACAUAUAAUAGAGACCAUAAUCUACAUAUAUAGAUAGAUAGACUGCUAAACUAUUGACAAUUUGAUAUCUGAAUAGGUAAAUUUAGAUUAAUAUCACAAUUUCCACAAUAGUAGAAAGAAAUGGCGUUAACAGUUUUAAGCCGUUUCACACAACUAUUACUUGUUUUUAUAUCAAUGUUUACAAAAAAAAACGUGUGCUUUGGUGCUUGCAAAAUUAUUGAAUCUGAUAAGCAAAAGAUUGUGGUGUAACUAUUGAACUAUUAUCUCGUUGUGUUCUGUUAAAUUUUAUUCCUUCAAUUUUCUUACAUCAUUCCUGUGUUGACCGAACGGUUGUCCAUAAGCGACAUCUCGUAACGAGGUGUGCGCCCAUUUUAAAUUUUAUUUUAAGUUUAAAAUGUUUUUUUUUUAAAAGCAAUAAAAUGUAAUCAACUGGAUCUUAAAACAAAUAAACGAAAUUGUCUUUUUUUAAUAGUCUA